AUGAUCCACCUGACCACGGUUAGAGAGUUGAGUCCAGAGGGCUUUGAGGAGUCGGUGCUACCCUUCCUGAAGAGGAAGGAGCACGCUGAGGCCUUCGAUAGAAAUGUAGCCAAGUUCAACCGAUGGGUUGAGAGGCGAGGAGGUCCUCAGGGGCCGGCACCUGCCCAUGGACCUGUGGUACAGGCCAAGUGGCAUGGAUCGGAUGGAUUUGAUGAGGCCCGAGAAAGAAAGACCAGAGAGGAGUCACCACAGGGCAAGAAACUGAUGGCCCGGUUGGAGGAGGACCUUCGGAAGGAACUCAAGAAGGCAGAAAAGCAGGCAGAGGAAUAUCGUGGGCGCAAGAAGGACGCCAAACAGAAGAAAUCACCUCCCAAAGGGGAUGGAAAGGAGCCGGCGAAGAAGGAGGCGCAAAAAGAUCCACCGGGUCUGAAGACUCUGGAGAAUCCAGUUCAGCUGAAAAAGAAGGGCUCUUCCAGGCCAAGAAGCGUGGCAGAACGGAGAGCCCCACUGCCGGGGACAGAGGCCCUUUCGGAGAGGGCCACGGCGAGGGGUCUCGAGGGGGCGUCAAAGCCAAAGACGCCGCCAGUAGCUAUGAACCAUCUCUUGAUGGUUCUUCAGCCCUCUCUCCAGUCCAAGAUUGGGAUGAGGACGCUCCGAGAGAUGAAGACGUUGGCGCAGUGCCUAGAUUGGCUGGCGCAGGGACAGGUAGGACGAGGAGCCGAUCUGCUGGGCCAGCACCUGAAGGCUUUAGAGAGGGCGACGGUGGAGGCCCACUGGAACAGUGCGCAAUUUCUGGAGCUUCUUCCUCCAGAGUCAUCGGCACUGUUGGAGCGUGACGAGGAGCUUUAUCUAGCUCAAGAGUUCCUCACAGACCAGAAGAUCAAGGGGUACGACAGACCCUACAGAUCCAAGGGGCGGGACGCCCCAAAAGGUGGAGGAAAAGGGAAAGAAGCCCAGAAAGGAGAGAAGGGAAAAGGAAAAGAAAGGUUGGCAUACCAGUUCCUGGACAAGCUACCCGGCGCACUAGGAGCUGCCGUGGCUGUUGGGCUGGGUGGCCUGCUUGUCGAGGUGCUGAACUACGUGAUCAGGUUUGACUAUGCCGGUGAAAUGGUGGCCAUCAUGGAGGAUCUUGAAGCUGACAAAGUGAUUGCUUGUUGGCCAAAAAUAGGAGAGGCUGGCAUUCAACCUGCUGAGCGGUUUGUGAGUGAAGAAGUGAAGGAGUGGCUACAGAAGCCAAGAAGCACCCUCCUCCCGAGAUGCUACUGGCCAGCAAAGCCACCCAAGAGCAGGGUGCGGGCCAGUGACGAGGAGUGGGAAAAGUUGGUCAGUGCAGCAGCGGCCAGGAACAUGAUGAGGGAGGUGCAAGAAGAAGACAUCCUGCGUGACCACGAAGGCAACUUGGUCCUGAAUGGGGCAGGGGCGGACCACAUGGCAGGGGACGACAAGCACCUCCCUUACUUGGGCCAGCUGGCUAUGGUGGAAGUUGAGCCGGAGCAGGAGGUGUUGGUGGACAGUGAAGAUCUAACCUCCUGUUUCAACCUUUUUACCCUCCCUGAGGAGUGGGGAGGCCUCAUGACGUUUGCCAAGCAGGUACCCUCUUCGGUUUUUGGAGGUUCACCGGACCAGAAGUCCUGGGUAGCGAUGAAUGUAGUGCGAAUGGGAUGGAUCAACAGCGUCAGUCUCAUGCAAACGGUGGUGAGACAGCUUGUCUUUGUGGAGAGUGAAAUCCCUUGCUCCAGCGAGAUUUCAAAGAUGAAGUCGUUCCCGGAAGACCCCUCUGCUUCGCUGGUGUACUUGGAUUCGUGCGAUGAGAUAAGGAAGAUUGAAUCCUCGUACAGUGACCUUCUGGAAGGAGAGGAAUCUGAAAGGCACAAGCAGUUUGCAGCAACGUGCAAAAAGUUUGGGCUCUCCCUGAACAUCGGCAAGCGCCUGGUUGGAGCAAUCAAGGGGAGCCUCCAGGGAGGAACGCUGGAUGGAAGGAAAGGUGUCUUCCACUCGGCUCCCGAGAAACAGGCCAGCUUGAUAGGGUAUGGCUUGAUGCUCCUGAGCCAGGAGCAAGUCACAGAAUUUGAGCUGCGGCACUUCACUGGGAAAGCUCUGUUCAAUCUCGCCUUUAGGAGGCCGGCGAUGAGCAUCUUCGAAGCCGUCUUCUAUGACAUCGAGGCAUUGAGCAGAACUGGUUCGCCUGGGUACUUGAGUGCCGCGGCAAGGGACGAGAUUUUCAUGGUGGUGGCGCUGACCCCCCUGCUGCGAAUGAACCUGAGGGCAACCCUCGACCAGGAGGUGACCAUCACCGACGCGUCACCCCUCGGCGCCGGAGGAGGCAUAGCCACUUCGUUCAAACAGGCUCCGGACACUGAAGAACACGACGGAGCUACAUGCUUCUACUGCCAAGGUGCGCUGUCCGAGAAUCGGUAUACCCAUGCCCAUCCGAGUGCAAGGCAGUUGGUCAGGCGGGGCUUAAUCGAAGUGCAACCACCGUAUGACCUGUCGCUGGGGCACAACUUUUCCGACGACGGCCGGGCAAGGCUGGAGGAGUUAGAGCGCGACCCGGACCUGUUCGCAGAACAUUGGGCCCCGUGCUGCAAGCUCUUUUCAAGAGCUCGGGGCCGACCCAUCACCUUGUCGGAUGGCGAGGUCAUCCAAGGCCAUCAGGCUGUCCGCGACGGACGCAACCUGAUGGGUUUCCCCUGGCUGGGCCGGGAAAUGAGACAGAGGUUGAGGCACUCCAACACCAUGGCCAACCGCAGCCUGAGCCACCUUAGGGAGGCAGAACAGGAGGACGGCAAGAAAAAUGGUUCGGGUCGCUGGGCAACAGCCCUGAGAUUCAUGCACACCUGGACCACCCCGAGUGUGGAGGACACGCUGGCCUGCUGGGAUACGGGGUGCGAAGAAGCGCUGAUGGGCAGCUGCACUUCGACACAGAAGAAGAAGCGGAAUACCCCUUCGGGUGGUGCCGUGCUUAUGCGGCUGGACUGCGGCGUGAGGUUGAGGUCAGAGGGCGUCACCUCGAGGCCGAAUAUGAUGGCAGGAAAAGCAUGGAAGAGCUGGGUCAUGCAAGAGCUGCAGGAAAGCACUGAUCGGCUAAAAGAAGAAACCACCGCCCGUCUCAUGGCUGGUGACGUGGUCCGUCUAGAAAGAACCAUGACGGCUGGAGAUGAGAAAGCGUGCUUCAGUUUCCAGUGGCAAGAUGACAACUUACACAUCAAUGAGGGUGAACUCAAUGCCUUCCUCGCCAUGGCCGAGAGGUUUUUGGCCUUUGCCCACAGAUCAGAGUAUGACGUCAUCGAUGCCACUGAUUUGGAUUACACCCUUGCGGAAUAUUUCAAUUGCAUGUAUCAAGAAGGAGAGCCAGAUGACCAUAUUUGGCGCCUCGCCUGCUAUUUGAAGCGGCGCCGAACUCUCACCGCCCCUUUGUGGGCUGGCAGUCGAACAACUUGGGCCCGUUUGCUCGAAUGCUUCAACUUUAGGCCGGAUGAUUACACGCCUUAUGACUUAUGGCGCACGUCGAGGCGGAGCAACGUGGUACUUUUUAGAGACGUCGUCAUUGGACGCUACGCUCGCCAGAGGAAGGUUGGAAAGUGGAUGGCUCUUAAGCUAUCACACUUGCCUCUUGAGGCAACCGCUUGUCAAUCACCACCGCUUGAG